AUGUUUCGCCAGUUUCGACAUGAUUGCAAAGACAACACGAGGUUCUCUUGCCGAUUGUUUGUUAAAGUAUUAAAAACAUCAGUAAACUUAGUUAUUUUUGUUCAGGAUGCUUCUGGUGGGAACCUUGAGCCAGAACAGUAUCGGAAAAUGUUCAUUGGUGGGCUUACAAGCUCAACUACAGAUGAGACCCUCAAGGAAUUUUACUCCAAAUGGGGUACUCUUGUAGACUGUGUUGUCAUGCGUGAUCCAGCAACAAAACGAUCACGUGGAUUCGGAUUUGUCAGUUUUUCAAAGCAGUCAGAAGUUGAUGCUGCUAUGGCAAAUCGACCACACAUCAUUGAUGGUAAAACUGUCGAUCCUAAACGAGCAGUUCCACGUGAGCAGUCUCAACGAAGUGAGGCUAAUAUCUCAUCUAAGAGACUUUAUGUAUCUGGAGUGAGAGAAGAGCACACAGAAGAUAUGUUCAAAGAACAUUUUGGGAAAUAUGGCAACAUUUUAAAGUGUGAAAUAAUUGCGGACAAAAAUACUGGAAAACCUCGAGGCUUUGCUUUCAUAACAUUUGAUGAUUACGAUGCCGUUGAUAAAUGUGUUUUAAUCAAAAGCCAUAUGAUUAACAAUUAUCGCUGUGAUGUAAAGAAGGCACUUAGUAAGGAAGAAAUGGCAAAGGUUGGCACUUUAUUUCCAAUUAUUACAACUGAAUUGAAUUAUUUUUGA